AUGUCGACGCCGUUGACAGAUGACAUAAACGCUAUAGCGAUUGGGGCAGACGCAGAUUCAGCGCAAACACACGCACACGAAGCCACAACAAGUGCAAAUGCUGAUGAUGGUUCAUCUAGUAAUGCUGCAACUCCUGCUAGCAGCGAGGGACAGGCAUCUAGGCAGUCAAAUUUGCAAAGAAUACAGCAGCGAAAGCUGCAAGUUUACAAUUGGCCACAUAACAAGAAAUUAUUAAAAUUGGCAAUUUAUUCUGCAUGUCAGACUCCUGAAUGUAACUGCAAUGGUUGGAAGACUCCUGCAGCUCAGCAGACAGUGAGAGCAAAUGCCAGAACUGAUAAUCAGCCACUGGCUAACUUUACAGAUCCCUGUAGGAAUUGUAACCAUAUAUUAGAAAAACAUGUCACCCAACUACAAGGAUUAUCAGGUGCUGAAAUAAAUAGGCUGUUAGCGGCUGUUGUUGAUGUUGAGAAUAUAUUUAUGUCUAUGCAUAGAGAAGAUGAUCAAGACACUAAGAGGGUUUAUUACUUUUUAUUUAAGCUGUUAAGAAAAUGCAUUCUUACUCGCUCUGAGCCUCAAAUAGAUGGACCAUUAGGGCAGCCUCCAUUUGAAAAGCCCUCUAUAGCACGAGCAAUUACCAACUUUGUACUAUAUAAAUUCAACGCACUACCUCAAAGAGAAUGGCAGACUAUGUAUGACUUAGCUAAAAUGUUCCUGCACUGCUUCAACCACUGGAAUUUUGAAACACCAAGUGUUCGGAAAUUGCAAGUUUCAAACCCAGAAGAUAUAUCAGCCUAUCAGAUUAACUAUACAAGAUGGCUGGUAUUCUGCCAUGUGCCAGCAUUCUGCGACUCCCUACCCCACUAUGAUACCUCUUUGGUAUUCGGAAGGACUCUCCUCAGAGCAGUCUUCAAGUCUGUGUGUAGACAAUUAAUGGACAAGUGCCAUUCGGAAAGAGAUAGAAUGCCACCAGAGAAAAGAGUUCUAGUACUAAACCACUUUCCACGGUUCCUUGGAUUGUUGGAAGAAGAGAUCUUCAGCGCAAACUCUCCCAUCUGGGACCCGGAAUUUAAGCAGAUGCCAUCCAACCACUUACAGACUAUAUUAGAUAAAACACCUGGAAAACGCGGUGAAUUCGAACGCGUCACCGCGACAGGAGAAAGCAAAGAUGGCUUUACCACGGUGUCGCUUUCGUCAGGAACGAUAAAACAAGAGAAUCUCAAGCGUUCAGGGUCGGAUGUCUCCAUCGGGGGAAAGAGACGUAGGGUAGAAGAGAGCGAUGACGUCAGCGAGCGCACUGUCGCUGAAAUUGUGGCAACCAUUUCUGAUCCAAACUACAUGUGUGGACCCGAUGCACUAUUUCAAAUGCAAGCCCCACGUGAUGAGGCGGCCAAAGUGGAGGAACAGCGCAAGUUGAUUGAGUUUCAUGUCAUCGGAAAUUCUCUCACUGGACCUGUUAAUAAACAGACUAUGUUAUGGCUUAUAGGUCUACAUAAUGUCUUCUCGCAUCAGCUUCCAGAAAUGACGAAAGAAUACAUAUCGCAAUUGGUUUUUGAUCCUAAACACAAAACGUUAGCUUUAAUCAAAGAAGGACGACCAAUUGGAGGCAUUUGCUUUAGAACUUUCCAUUCACAGGGAUUUAGCGAAGUGGUAUUCUGCGCAGUGACAUCUAACGAGCAGGUGAAAGGCUACGGAACCCAUCUCAUGAAUCAUCUCAAGGAUUAUCACAUACGAAACAAUAUUUUGCAUUUUUUAACCUUCGCUGAUGAAUUUGCUAUUGGUUAUUUCAAGAAGCAGGGUUUUAGUAAGGACAUAAAACUACCUCGAGCGAUGUACCAAGGGUAUAUAAAGGACUAUGAGGGCGCCACUCUGAUGCACUGCGAGCUUAAUCCUAGAAUAGUGUACACCAAAUUCACGUCUGUUAUAAGGCGGCAAAAGGAGAUUGUAAAGAAGCUAAUUGAUAUGAGACAAAAAGAAGUGAGGAAAAUACAUCCCGGGCUGACUUGUUUCAAAGAAGGGGUACGCAGUAUACCAAUAGAAGUGAUCCCUGGACUCCGGGAAGCAGGAUGGCGGGCAUCUCGCGCUGCGCCUGAACCUCAGCCUGAUGCGGACCCUGCGCCACUUAGGAAUAUAUUGCACGCGGUUAAAAACCACGGCGCUGCUUGGCCAUUCCUCAAGCCGGUAGACAAAGCCGAGGUACCGGAUUACUACGAUCAUAUUAAGUAUCCAAUGGACUUACGGUCAAUGGGGGAACGCCUGAAAGCGCGGUACUACGUGUCUCGGCGCUUGUUCAUCGCGGAUAUGACCCGGAUAUUCACCAACUGCCGUCUCUACAACUCACCUGACACCGAUUAUUAUAGAUGCGCAAACACAUUAGAAAAAUACUUCCAGGCAAAGAUGAAAGAAGCGGGCCUUUGGGAUAAAUGA